UAAGUGAAAUUUACCCAAAAAAAAACAGAGGGAAAGAGAAUACCAGAAGAGAACUUCCGCACAGCUUCUACAAACUUCCUUCUUUUUCGUCUUCCCCAAGCUUCCUCUCUCUUCUUCAGAAACCUCCCAAAAAUACUCGCAAACAACAAAACAAUCAUAAACCAUUCCAUCGAACCACCAAAACCCACCCUGAUUGAUUGUACCUCCGACGCCGUACAAUGGCGACCACCAAAACCUCCUCCGCCGCGAGGCUCACAAGGUCCGCUCUCGCUGCCCUCAAGGCCUCCUCCUCCUCUUCCUCCUCUCUCUCUAAAUCUCGACCCGAACUCUCUCGCACUGCCGAAAUAUGUUCAUCGCGGGCCCGAACAGCACGGAAUGGCGGUGGUGUUGCGAAAGCGUCGUCAUUCAAUGACGCCGUUGUUAGCAGAGGCUUCACUCGUCAGUUCCUCGCUCCUUCUCGGUCUUACUCCACAGUUGCGAGCUCUAACCAGAUUAAUAACUCGGAGUUCACUGAAAUGGCGUGGGAGGGAGUUGUUGGUUCUGUGGAAGCAGCACAAAAUAGCAAGCAUCAAGUAGUGGAGUCUGAGCAUUUAAUGAAAGCUCUUUUAGAGCAGAAGGAUGGUUUGGCUAGAAGAAUUUUCACAAAGGCUGGUCUUGACAACACAUCAGUUCUGCAAGCUACAGAUGAUUUCAUAUCCCAACGACCAAAGGUGGUUGGUGAUACUAGUGGCCCUAUAUUGGGCUCAAAUCUGACCUCUCUCUUGGAGAAUGCUAGAAAACAUAAGAAAGAAAUGGGAGAUGCCUUUGUGUCUGUGGAGCAUUUAGUGUUAGCAUUCCUUUCAGACAACAGGUUUGGCGUGCGAUUAUUCAGAAACCUGAAGCUAAGUGAGAAGGAUUUGAAGGAUGCUGUUCAAGCUGUUCGUGGCAGUCAGAGAGUAACGGAUCAAAAUCCCGAAGGAAAAUAUCAAGCACUAGAGAAAUAUGGGACUGAUUUGACCGAGCUUGCUAGGCGUGGGAAACUUGAUCCAGUUAUAGGUCGUGAUGAUGAAAUAAGGCGAUGCAUCCAAAUAUUAUCUCGAAGAACAAAGAAUAAUCCUGUUAUUAUUGGUGAGCCUGGUGUUGGGAAAACUGCAAUUGCAGAAGGGUUAGCUCAAAGAAUUGUCCAUGGGGAUGUUCCUGAAACUUUAAUUAAUCCGAGGUUGAUCUCUCUGGACAUGGGAGCAUUAGUUGCUGGUGCUAAGUACCGAGGAGAUUUUGAGGAAAGACUAAAAGCAGUCUUGAAGGAGGUCACUUCUUCAAAUGGGCAGAUUAUUUUGUUCAUUGAUGAGAUUCAUACAGUUGUUGGUGCCGGGGCAAUGAGUGGAGCAAUGGAUGCUGGAAAUUUGUUAAAACCGAUGCUUGGUCGAGGUGAGCUCCGAUGUAUAGGAGCAACCACUUUGACUGAAUAUAGAAAAUACAUUGAGAAGGAUCCAGCUCUGGAACGUAGAUUUCAACAAGUUUUUGUUGAUCAGCCAUCUGUAGAAGAUACUAUAUCUAUUCUCCGUGGAUUGCGAGAACGGUACGAGUUGCAUCAUGGGGUAAAAAUAUCAGAUAGUGCCCUUGUGGCAGCAGCGGUCCUUGCUGAUCGAUACAUAACAGAUCGGUUUUUGCCUGAUAAAGCCAUUGAUCUCGUUGACGAAGCUGCUGCGAAGCUAAAAAUGGAAAUGACUUCUAAGCCUACAGAGUUAGAUGAAGUAGAUAGGGCUAUUCUAAGGCUAGAGAUGGAGAAACUCUCUCUGCAAAAUGACACUGAUAAAGCAUCACAAGAGAGAUUAGCAAAGCUGGAACACGAGCUUGAGGUGCUUAAACAGAAACAGAAAGAGUUGACUGAGCAAUGGGAACGUGAGAAAGCUCUCAUGAUGCGAAUACGGUCUAUUAAGGCUGAGAUAGACAGAGUCAAGCUAGAGGCGCAAGCUGCUGAGCGUGAGUAUGACCUAAGUCGUGCUGCUGAGCUCAAAUAUGGUGUUCUAAUGUCCCUUCAGCGUCAACUAGAAGAAGCUGAAAAAGCCCUUGCUGAAUAUCGGAAGUCCGGAAAGUCUAUGCUUCGAGAAGAAGUUACAGAUCUUGAUAUUGCUGAAAUUGUAAGCAAAUGGACUGGCAUACCAUUACAACACCUCCAGCAGUCAGAGAGGGAGAAGCUGGUCAAUCUAGAGAAGGUUCUCCACGAGAGGGUAGUUGGUCAAGAUAUGGCAGUCAAAUCAGUGGCGGAUGCGAUUCGCCGCAAUAGAGCUGGAUUAUCCGAUCCGAAUCGUCCAAUUGCGAGCUUCAUGUUCAUGGGACCCACUGGUGUUGGUAAAACGGAGCUUGCAAAGGCCUUAGCUGGAUACCUCUUUAACACAGAAAAGGCUCUCGUGAGGAUCGAUAUGAGUGAGUAUAUGGAAAAACAUGCGGUCUCUCGCUUGGUGGGGGCCCCACCUGGAUACGUUGGUUAUGAAGAAGGUGGACAGCUCACUGAAGCGGUUCGCCGGCGGCCUUAUUCUGUUGUGCUGUUUGAUGAAAUGGAGAAAGCACAUCCUGAUGUCUUCAAUAUUCUGUUACAAUUGUUGGACGAUGGGAGGAUAACCGACUCCCAAGGCAGGCAUGUUAGUUUCACCAAUUGUGUUGUUAUAAUGACGUCGAAUAUUGGGUCCCAAGUCAUCAUUGAAACUCUUAGUAGCGCACCUGACAAGGAUGAGGUGGUUUAUGAGGUGAUGAAGAAACAGGUUAUUGAGCUGGCUAGGCAAACUUUCCGGCCAGAGUUCAUGAAUCGGAUCGAUGAGUAUAUCGUUUUCAAACCUUUGGACUCUGAACAAAUCUGCAAAAUUGUUGAGAUCCAGAUGAAUCGGGUGAAAGAGAGGCUCAAACAAAAGAAUUUUGAGCAUUACUACACCAAGGAAGCGGUUGAACUUCUUGGGAAGUUGGGUUUUGAUCCCAACUUUGGAGCAAGGCCAGUGAAGAGAGUGAUACAACAACUGGUUGAGAAUCAAAUUUCUAUGGGACUCUUAAGAGGAGAUUUCAAGGAAGAGGACUCUAUCAUAGUUGAUGCUGACUUAAAGGCGAAAGACAUUCCUCCCCAUAAACGGUUGAUUAUCAAGAAACUGGAGACUCUUCCCGCCAAGGAUGCUAUGGUUGCUAAUGACUAGUACUGAAUGCGAGAAUUGUAAAUAAUGUCAGGUAAGAGCUAGGUUUUGGUCUUUUUCAUGUUAUGAAAGGUUUUUUGUGUGUAAUUUGGGAGGAUUGUUAUUAGUCACUUUUUUAUUACCCUCUCUCCUGUUGAUAUUUUGUUUUGGUUAAUCUGAUUUUAACUUUGAAGCAGUUCUGGAGUUUCUGUUGAAGCACUUUUUGUUCGACUCUGAAAUGGUGCUAGAAAAAUUGUGUA